CUUUAUCUUAAAAUUUAUUGAUCGGAUUAUUCACAUAAGUUUUGUUUUGUAAUUGAGAGGAUCCAAGUCUACCGGCAACAACUUGCGAUCCCAUUUCCCGCUACCUACACGUGUUUGUAAUUAAUCAAGUUCAAAUCUAGACGCUAAUCUUGCAACCUUUCUCUCUCUCCCGCUACAUCAAAUUCAUUUCCCAAUCCAUUCAAUUGAACAUCACAUUUCUAUAUUUAUCAUUUUUCAUUUCUCUCCUACACAAACGGAAUUCCGUUUCUCCGCCGGAGUAUUCAUUUCAACAACAAUGCUGUAAUCGUCGCCGUCCGUAACGGCGAUCCGUGAUAGCGAGCGUUUCAUCUUUCUCAUUCAACAACGCUCUCUAUCACAUUUCUUCUCUAAAUCUCGUUAACGUUUUCUGUCAACGGCAACAAUGGCUCCUAGUCCGAAAUCUGAAGCCGUCGUUUACCUUCAUGGUAACCUCGAUUUGAAAAUCGUUGAAGCUCGUUAUCUACCAAACAUGGAUAUGCUUUCAGAGCGUUUUAGAAGAUUCUUCUCCGCUUUCAACUCAUGCAGCGCUAACAUCACCACUAAAGGAAAAAACCAUCUUACACGUCAUCGUCACCAUAAAAUCAUCACUAGCGAUCCUUACGUUACCGUUUGUCUCGCCGGUGCUACAGUGGCGCGUACGCGCGUUAUCUCAAACUCACAAUCACCGAAAUGGGAAGAGCAUUUCAAAAUUCCAUUGGCUCAUCCUGUUUCUCAAGUUGAAUUCUACGUCAAAGAUAACGACAUGUUCGGUGCUGAUUUGAUCGGAAUCGCAACCGUUUCUGCGAAGAGGAUCUUAUCAGGUGAAGAUAUAAGCGAUUGGUUUCCGAUUAUAGGUUCAUUCGGUAAACCUCCAAAACCUGAUUGCGCUGUUUUUCUCGAAAUGAAAUUCACGAGAUGCGAUGAAAAUCCUAUGUAUCGUUCCGGUGUUAUUCCCGGUCCUGAUAGGUUUGCGGUUCAGGAUUCGUAUUUUCCGGUUCGGCGAGGAGGAUCGGUGACGCUGUAUCAAGAUGCACACGUUCCAGAUUCGAUGUUACCGGAGAUUGAAUUGGAUGAUGGUGUUGAGUUUCAGCAGGGGAAAUGUUGGGAAGAUAUUUGUCACGCAAUAUUAGAAGCGCAUCAUUUGGUGUAUAUUGUUGGUUGGUCGAUUUUUCAUAAGGUGAAGCUUGUUAGAGAACCAACAAAGCCUUUACCUAAUGGCGGGAAUUUGAAUUUGGGGGAAUUACUCAAGUACAAGUCACAAGAAGGUUUAAGAGUUUUACUCUUGGUUUGGGAUGAUAAAACUUCACACAGCAAAUUUUUCAUUAACACGAAUGGAAUAAUGCAAACUCAUGAUGAAGAAACUCGAAAGUUUUUCAAGCAUUCUUCAGUUUCAUGUGUGUUGUCACCUCGAUAUGCCAGCAGUAAGCUUAGCAUUUUCAAGCAGCAGGUUGUUGGGACGCUUUUUACGCACCACCAAAAAUGUGUGAUCGUUGAUAGCCAAGCACAUGGAAAUAAUCGGAAGAUAACUGCAUUUAUAGGUGGUCUAGAUCUUUGUGAUGGCCGUUAUGAUACACCUGAGCAUAGACUUUUCCGUGAUCUUGACACUCAUGUGUAUAAGGAUGAUUAUCAUAAUCCCACAUUUUCGGCAGGAACCAAGGGUCCAAGGCAACCAUGGCAUGAUCUACAUUGCAAAAUCGAAGGGCCUGCUGCAUAUGAUAUACUAACUAAUUUUGAGCAGCGCUGGAAGAAAGCCACCAGAUGGUCUGAGUUGGGUCAAAAAUUGAAAAGAGUAUCUUCUUGGCACGAUGAUUCUUUGAUCAAGUUAGAACGCAUCUCUUGGAUUCUUAGUCCUUCUGAAUCAAUGUCAAAUGAUGAUCCUGAGUUAUGGGUUUCAAAGGAAGAUGACCCUCAAAAUUGGCAUAUUCAGGUUUUUCGAUCCAUAGAUUCAGGCUCUUUGAAAGGAUUUCCUAAGAAUACAUAUGAAGCCGGGGCUCAGAAUCUUGUUUGUGCUAAAAAUUUAGUCAUAGACAAGAGUAUUCAAACAGCUUACAUACAUGCCAUCAGAUCUGCUCAGCAUUUUAUUUAUAUCGAGAAUCAAUACUUCAUUGGAUCAUCCUUUGCUUGGCCAUCUUACAAAGAAGCAGGUGCUGAUAAUUUGAUUCCUAUGGAGUUGGCGCUGAAGAUUGUCAGUAAGAUCAGAUCUCGGGAGAGAUUUACAGUUUAUAUUGUCAUUCCAAUGUGGCCUGAAGGCGUCCCUUCUUCUGGCUCGGUGCAAGAGAUUCUCUAUUUUCAGGGACAAACUAUGCAAAUGAUGUAUGAAAUCAUAGCUCGGGAACUAAGAUUUAUGAAACUUAACGAUAGCCAUCCACAAGACUACCUCAAUUUUUACUGUCUUGGUAACCGAGAGAAGUUUGCAACUGAAGUUUCAAGUCCAAAUAGUUCACCUUCAGGCAAUGGCGACACGGUUUCAGCUUCACAAAAGUUCCAACGGUUUAUGAUUUAUGUACAUGCCAAGGGAAUGGUUGUGGACGAUGAAUAUGCGAUGGUUGGGUCUGCCAAUAUCAACCAACGAUCUUUGGCUGGAUCAAGAGAUACCGAGAUAGCAAUGGGUGCAUACCAACCCCAUCAUACAUGGAGUAAGAAAAAUGGACAUCCUCGCGGUCAGGUAUAUGGGUAUAGAAUGUCCUUGUGGGCAGAGCACUUAGGGACCAUACAUGAAUGCUUCAAGGAGCCCGAAAGUUUGGAAUGUGUGGAGAGUGUGAACAAGAUUGCUGAAGACAACUGGAGGAAGUUUACAGAUGAUGAUUUUAAGCCAUUGCAAGGGCAUAUUAUGAAGUACCCCAUCAAAGUGAAUGCAAAUGGGAAAGUAAGUUCUUUACCUGGAUAUGAGUCUUUCCCAGACGUCGGCGGCAAAGUGCUUGGUUCCCGUUCUACCCUUCCAAAUGCUCUAACCACGUAGACAUAACCUCAUCAGUUCUAAUUAAAUUGAUCUCUAGUGAUAAUCUGAAACCCUACUCACCUAUACUAUUUUUUAUAAAAAAUAAAAAAAUCUACCUAAGAUAAGUACCCGCUCUCAAAUAAGGGAGAGAAUUGGAUCGCAUGACGUGCUGGGCAAAAUUUUAACAACUCGUUGUCCCUGGAUUUUUCUUUUCCAUCUACAGGCAAUAGGCUGCAUAUACCACAGCCACACUGUAUAUUUGUUUGUAUUGAUUGUUUGCUACAUAAAGUUUGGGGGCUUCAGGUGCUUAAUAACAAACCAUCAUUUCCUAGCUCCACACCAAUUCCGACGGCCAAUGUUUUCGAGGAUGUUAAUGUUAUUAUAAUUGUUCCAAUGAGAACUUCACUUUCGAGGUAAUAUAUUGUUUGAAAUUUAAUUUAUACUUUGGUGUUUUAAUUUUAUAACUCGUUGACAUAACCUCAUAUAUUUGAGCUAGAUUAACCACUUAAAGUUGUGGCAAAAGAUGUUCAAUUUUAGUUGUUCAAAUAUAAAACAAUUGUACGCGGCAGGUCUUCAUGUCUAGUUAUGUAAAUGAAUUACAUUACAUUGCACCAGUUCAUCUCAUACAAAUAGUAUUUCAUAACAACAACGAUUAAUUAAGCUCUUCUACAAGAACAAAAUUAACAAUAACAAACCAUAUUAUAAAUAGGAGACAAAGCAUUUUAACUUAAUUAACAGUCACUUGUCCAACCAUACCAGCUCCUGCGUGAGGUGAACAGUAGAAUUUGUAGGUUCCCUUAGCAUCCAAAGUAACGCUGUAAGUCUCCCCAGGAGCAUUGAGAAGAUCUUCUUCAGGCAUGGAAAUUUUUGCUGCAUCAACCCCGCUUGGAAUCUC